UCAAGAACUACGGACGCUUCACUCGGCCCUUGCUAAGUGGCGUGUGCUACAAUUAAGUAACGGGCAGAGUCAUUUCACAAUAACAAAAAAAAAAAAACAAAAAUAGAAUACAACAAGAAAUCCAAAAACAAAAACCAAUAAAACCACAUUAAACAAGAAAUUAAUAAAUAGACAACCGAGCACAUAUACCCACACAAAAAUAAACAAUAGCAUACUAGUUGGUACAACUGGGGUAUUUUAUACAUAACUCGGUAAAUCCUUCGUUUAAUACAACGACGACCAGGAGACAACCACCAACAAAAAUCAAGUAAAUCGGAAACACGAAAUUACCAUCAGCAAAUUGCACCGGAGGUUGCAGACAUUUAAUUGAAGUGGAAGUCCAAAAAAAUCCCUCUGAUUAAUGGAAACGUUUUGAGAAAGCGUGCUCGGAUUGCCAAAACAAAGAGAAUCGACAGAUGCACCACCAAGAAGAGAAUAACAACCAAAAAAAAACCGUGGCCAAAUAAAAGUCGACAAGGAAUAAAGACACAUAAAUAGACACAAAUGUACAUAAUUUAAUAUUUGGAUAUGCCUUGUAAAUACAACAUAAAUAUUUAGAAUCUAGGCAACUACGAUUAUUACGACAACUGAAACAAGGAAAAGAAAACACAUAUUUUCCAAUUACAAACAAACACGAUUCUCAUUCUAGUCGCAAAACUUUCACAAUUACAGAUUAUCUUCACACAGUGAGACACUAAACAGUAAUAACCUCCCCCACCAAACAACAACCAUUUAUAUAUAUACAUAAAAGACAGAAAGCUAAAACACUGAAAUAAUUAAUCAAAUAUAUUAAACAAAUCCAAACCAAACGAAUGCAAGAAGAGCGCAAAAGCCAACUAUUCCAAAUUACCGUCAAUGUGUAGAUGAUCUACAAAGACCAUCUUUAAACGCUCCUCAUCGCUUGGAUAUCGCCACCAAUUGCAGCUCCAACUGCACUCCAACUCCCCUACAACAGGCAGCGAUCCAGAUACGGAUCAGCUAACAUAAUCGGAUUUCGAGCCGGAGUCCGUAAAACGAACGUGGAAAGGCCAAAGACCAAAGAACGAAUACCGAAGGAUUCGGCCGCAGGGUCAAGAUGCAUAUUGAAAUCCAGGUCGCUUUGAACUUUGUCAUAUCCUAUCUCUACAACAAAUUGCCGCGCAGACGUGUAAAUAUAUUUGGCGAGGAGCUAGAGAAGGCCCUACGCGACAAGUUCCAGGGUCACUGGUACCCAGAAAAACCCUUUAAGGGAUCUGCCUAUCGCUGCUUGAAGACCGGAGAUCCCAUUGAUUCGGUUCUGGAAAGAGCGGCUAGGGAAAGUGGAGUACCGAUCGGCGAUAUCCUAGAAAACUUGCCAAACGAACUUUCCGUGUGGAUAGAUCCCGGGGAGGUCUCAUUCCGCAUCGGUGAAAAGGGAGCAGUAAAGAUUCUUUACACGGAGAACAAUGAGAACCACGAAGACAGCCACUCGGCAGAUCGCGAGGUCACCAAAAUGUUCAACCCGGAGGCGCAGUGCUUCCGACCCAUCGAUGCCGUUAACACGACCAUGAACAAUCUGAGCUUGAGUCCCAAGGCGCUUCCAUUGGCACUGCCCCAAGCGGGAUCCUCGCCGCACUCGGCUGCGUCCAGUUCACCCACCUACAAGGGCAGUCCAAAUCCCACGAUCUCUGGCAGCUGCAGUUCCGUUUCCGCAGCGGGUUCUGGAACGGGCUCUGGUUCUGGAUCCGGAUCCAAUAUGGCACCCGGUCCUGGUACCGCUCCAGUUCCCGUACCCGGAAACGGUGCCACCGCCAAUGCAGCUGCAGCGGCCUUCAUGCAACGCGGCGCCCAGGCGCCAUUGACAUUCACCACAGCCACCUUUGCGCAGACUAAAUUCGGCAGCACCAAGCUGAAGACCAGCUCCAAGCGCACAAACAGCAGCGCCUAUCGCAUGUCGCCCACUGAGUUCUCCAACUACAUCAAACAGCGUGCGAUGCAGCAGCAGAUGCAUCAUGGUCAUGGAGUUGUCCCGUCCGCAGGAUCAUCGGUAUCGGCAGCAUUUGGCGGCCUGGAUGCCGUCUCACCUGCCCGUUCCCUAUCGCCGAAUCCCCUAUCGCUGGGCGGUAAUCCAAAUCAGGCCGGAUCGGGAUCGUCGGCCGAUCCGUUUUACUAUCAAAACAUGGCGAUCAAUCUGUAUCCACAAUUUGGCAAUCCACGCAGCCUCUUCGAGUCGCACUUUAAUGCGGAUGCCAGUAGCUUGGGUCUCUUUGUAGGCGGAACUGCUGGAACAGCUGGUGCUGCAGUCGCCGCUGGAGGAAAUGGUGGCGCCAACAAGUAUAGUACUUAUCUGGAGCCGUGCUACUUUGGCAAUGGCCAUGCCAACUCACAACAGCAUCCGCAGCAACAGAAUCGCGGCGGAAUGGAUCGUCCGAAUAGUAGCGAAAGCUGCUUUGGCCUAAAUGUGGAUUGCGGUAGUGCCGUUCUCGAGGAUUCGUCAUCAUCGUCGUCAGCAGCGGCUGCUGCUGCUGUGGCCGUUGCCGUUGCCAUUGCCGGGGACUCAUCGCCGGAGGACAGUCCCCUAAGUACACCCACCGUGGCAGCCACAACCGCAGGAACAACAGCCACUCCUCCUUCCAGCUCCACCAACAACAGUAGUAGCCAUCCAACUCAACAACAGGAACAACCGUCCUCCUCCUCGGGAAACGGAAAUGCGAACGCAAACGGAAACGGAAACAACGGUAAUAAUUCCAACAGCAAUACCAAACUGAUCGAUGGCAUUAGCUCCUUCUAUGGCACCGGAUCAUCGUAUCAGCAAUUAUUGGUUGCCAACUAGAGUUUCCUCGAAGUCAAUCACCGCAAAGAGAAUCCACCAUAGUUAUAUAUAUAUAUAUAUAUAUAUAUAUCGAUACCAACAACAUAAUGAAAUAUUAUAUCCGGGGCAUGGAUAUGUAUUUAGUGCAUUUCGGGCUUUCUGGUCACAACUCUAUAAGCAAUAUGAAUUGUUACGCAGUUUUGAGAUUUCCUGUAAAGAACCCCAAAUUCCCAGAUAGGAACCGAAGCAAAUUAGACGGAGCGACUAGGUGGAGUGGUAUAUAUGGAUAUCAUCAUUAUCAUUAUAUUCAUCUGAGGAGGAAAGAUAAGGUGGUCAUUAAAAACCAAGGACAUAAUUCUUUUGUCAUUUUGGAUAGUUAUGUAAUAGAAAGUGUCCUUGCAGACAAGAACAGUCACAAUGGAUGCAUAUCUCUAUAGGAACGAUUCGAUACGAUGUUGACACACCCACGAUCAGACACACACAAGCAGGUGUACAUGUUUAUAUGUAUGAAGCUGUAUGCAGAUGUAUAUACAGGUGCAUAUAUAUAUGUAUGUAUAUAUAUAUAUAUAUAUACAUAGACAGGGCCAAAAAGUACCAUGUGUGUGUGAGGCCCAUAAAUGUAGAUAUGUACGAGUUGUAUAUACAGAUAUAUAUCAGCCACUAAUAAUAUUUAUUUUGUUAUUAAAUUCAGAGUAAAUCGCAAAGUAAAGUUUCUUUCUGGUAUCAAGAGCAUGCAUAGAAAAAUUAACUCAAUGUAUAAAGUGUACGACUGUUGCCAUAGGCACGUACGAAUGAUACACUCAAAUCAAAUCACACAAGCAAAUGAUGAAGAUCUACCGAAACAAACCAAUAAGCAACAAGAAAUAAUACCACAAAUAUAAAUAUAUUUAAUGAGAACAACUAGAAUGUCUCAACUAAUUGUUUUUACUUGUUAUGCAUAUGAACGUAUAUAUAAAAAAAUAUAUUUAAUUAUCCAACUUAGGAUCAACAUUAAUAUUAAGUUUUUAAUUAGUUGUAAACUAAAGAUAAGAUCAUUUUUGUAGAUCAAGUUGCUAAAUUGAAACACAAACAACAUGCAUAUGUUUACUGAUAAAAGUCAACAUUGUUGAUUAUAAAUAGAUAUGCAACUUGCAUACUCUGAGCAUCCUGACCUGUGAAGAAAGUUUUUCUGUAGUAAAAAGUCCUUUUUUCCAUUCUUUGUAUUUUUAUAAAAUGUUUUUUUAGUUUUGUAUAUAUCUGAAGCUAACUUGCUGAAAAGCUAACAAAAUGUAUUCAGUUUCAAAACUAUAAGAAAUAUAAACAAAAAUCUAUACAUUUUCAUACUUCAAAUGAAGUGUUUCGAAAGAAUUUGUAAGAAAAAAAAACAAUUAAGUUGGCUUUAGCACAGGUAUUAUUCCGGUGAGUAACCUCUUCUUGAAAUGUAUAUGUAUUUAUUUCAAUUUGUUCGACAUUUUUUUGUUCUAAAAGAUAUCUGGGUUCCCACUGUCAGACUGGAAAAAAUAUUAGAUUAAUCGAAUACAAAUACUACAACUAAUUGCUCAAACCAUAAAUAUAACAAAAGCUCCUCUUAAACUCUUUUAGUUAUAUUAACUACACACCUAUAAUCAAAAUAGAGUCUUUCAAAAAUGCAAAGACUAGGAAAAAGGAACUUUUCUGAACACGUGAAAACACUUUCUCAGAAACCGUAGAAAGAAAAACUCCAGCAUCAUUUAACAUGAUCUAUUUUUCCAAGGCAAAAAUCUCUGAUUGUUUUGUUAUAAACUAAAUGUUGUUUUUCCCCAAACCUUUUUAAUCAUUCGACUUUAUCGAAAUGAAAUUCUAUAUCAGAUAUAAUGUAAUAGGAUGUCGUAUGAUUUUAUUGAUAGUGCCAAGGUCGUCGGGUCACUGCUAAACUUUUUUACCCCUAAAACACACGUUAUUCAAGCUAUGGAAGCUUUUACAUAUAAAAAACACUUGAACAAAUAAUAAAAAAAAACAUUUAUAUUUUUGUUGUAUGUUAAAUUGUAUGUAUUACCAUUUGACUUCGUAUUUUUUUUGUAUAUAUAUAUCUAUUUUUAUAUGAACAUUUGUAAUUUUUAUAAAUCGAGUACAGUAAAAAAUUUUAUACUUUUUAUAUGGGCCUAUGUGAAAAUACCUUGCUCUAUAUGAAUACUUACUUUAAUUAAAUGGGAAAAUAAAAUGCAUAAAACUAAAAGACGAUUUUAGUUGAUCUUUUUUAAGUCCCAAAUGAAACGCAAAAUGUUAAUGUAAAUAUGUCAUUGAAUGUAUUAUUUCACUUCUCAAUAUAUGUUGUUCAAUGGAUGUAUAGCAAACCUAAUGGUAUGAAAGUACUUUUAAGGCAAAGUAGAAAAAAGAAUGGAUAAACGACAACAAAUUGAGUAAGCCACUGAAUUCAUUCUCUAUAUAUCUUGUUAAGAAACAUUUGUAAUUUGUGUAAACGUUAUGGUUUUGUUUUUAUUGUCUAGUCGAAGACGCAAACACAAUGAGAAAAAUUUGACGAAAGCGAAGAUUUUCAGUUUUUUGGAGAAUGUAUUCAAAUAUGUACCUACACAUCCCACAGAUGUGUGUAUCUAAACCUACCACUGAAAACAGAAAUUUAAUGAAACAUUUAAGUACCUUAACGAAGCUUCUAAUUAUAGCUACUGUGACCACGAACAAGAGUCAAAUCAAAGCCAAGCCAAACCAAAAAACGCCAUUAAAUGCUAUAUUAAUCGCACCUCAAAGUAAUAGGUGCGAAUUAUAGAUUGCAUUGGGUCUAUAGCUUUUGUAUUCUGAUCAUAGUAGCGCAUAAGUACCUACACAGAAACAUACAUACAUACAUACACCAUCUAACACUUGCACACAUUAAGGAUUAGGCACGUUUUUUUCUUAGACGUAUUAGAGUGUAUUUGAAUUAAACAACAAGAAACAUUCAACGGAAAACGAAAAAUGAAAAUAAAAACCAACAAUUUUGUACUUUUAUAUAUAUGAUGAGUAUAUAUGUAUAUAUAUAUAUUCGUAUACAUGUAUACAUAUGAAUGCCUCUAAAUGGUUCAACUCAACGGAUUCUCAAUGUAUUUUUUGUAUGUCUCAGAAUGGUAUGUCUCCGAAUGAAAUCAAGUAACGAACAAAUAUUCAUAAUGUUAGAAAUUGUCUCACAUGCCAUUCUCUAUAAGUAAGCAUAUGGCACAAGUAAACGCCCCAUAAUGUAUGCAAUCUGCCAAUCUAUCCUUACCUGAAUCUGAAUUAUAGAGCGAAAUGGAUAUAGAUAUGGAUAUGAAAAUGGAAAUGGAGAGAUGGGAUGCAAAGUAUUGGAUGAGAAUACGGUAAGGCUUGCUUAUAAAAACUAUUCUAUUGUGAUUGUGAUAACAAUGUAAGGCACAGAUAAAGAUCGAGAUACAGUGAUGUGAAAAAAUCGCUGUAGAAAUGGCAAAACAUUCAUAUGUAUAUGUAUAUAGAUGGGAAAAUUUAGAUAAAGUAUCCGCCUAAUCAUCGAUGUCCACCAACUUAAAAUUUUAACUCGAUCGAGAUGAAAUUGUAUCCGACCGAUCUAAUAAGCAAAUAAUGAACCAUUAUGGUAGACACACAAAUAUACAAAAGCAA